AAAAACGGAACAAUUUUGAUAGAGUUGGCUUGGCUAUAAACAUGAUCCGAAUGCGCGGGCCCAGCUGUCUCGUACAAAUUGCGUUCCUGGCCGGUUCUAGGGCCGAGAUUCCCACUUCGCUUCGAAAGGGGACGGCAUUUCAUCCUCCAUUUGUUACGAUUGGGCAAUCGGAGAAAGCUUGGCGCACGGAGCCCACGUUCGAAUACUAAGGACGGGAGCAACCAAAUUGGGGAAGUUGGAGAUGCGAGGCCGCGAGCAUAUAAAAUUCAUGUCACUGACUCGGAUUCCAAUGGGUAUGAGUAUAUAUAUCUAGAGCUGGCUACGGCCCUGAUGAGAUGGUCGAGCAUCUAUCACUCUCUAAGUUACUGACCCCAAAGUCACUCAUUGGACCGCAAUCAUGGCUCGAAAUUUCCCCCUUCUCAGUUUCGCCCUCGCGGGCUUCGUCAUGGGCCAGAAGCCGAACGGCCAGGAGGUGCACCCUGAGCUGACUACUUAUCGGUGUACGGUAGCUGGGGGUUGUACCGCGGCCACCAACUACAUUGUCCUCGACGCGCUGGCCCAUACCGUCCAUCAGGUCGACAACAGCUACGGCUGCGGCGAGUGGGGCAACACUCCCAAUGCCACCGUUUGCCCAACUGAGGAGGCCUGCGCCCAGAACUGUAUUCAGGAGGGUAUCUCUGACUACAGCACCAUCGGCGUCACGACUGAUGGCGCCGCCUUGCGGGUGCAGAUGAUCGUCAAUGAUACCACGGUUUCACCUCGUAUCUACCUUCUCGACGAAACAGAGCAGAAUUACGAGAUGGUUAAGUUGACCGGUGCCGAAUUCACUUUUGAUGUCGACGUCACCAAGCUGCCCUGUGGUAUGAACUCAGCGUUGUACCUCUCGGAGAUGCUGGUGGACGGCGGGAAAUCUGACCUCAACACUGGCGGGGCUUACUGGGGCUCUGGGUACUGUGACGCUCAGUGCUAUGUUACCCCUUUCGUUAACGGUGUUGGCAACAUUGAUGGCGCCGGCGCUUGCUGCAGCGAAAUGGACAUCUGGGAAGCCAACAAGCGAAGCCAACAGCUCGCUCCCCACCCAUGUAACCAGACGGGUCUCUACCUAUGCCAAGGGGACGAGUGCGCUUCUGACGGCGUCUGCGAUAAAAAUGGCUGUAGCUGGAACCCGUACAAGAUCGGCCAACCCGACUACUACGGCACCGGCGAGUCCUUCACCGUUGACACCAAUAAGCCUUUUACCGUCGUCACGCAGUUCCCCGCCGACGACGCCGGAAACCUUGUCGGCAUUGACCGGAUUUAUGUGCAGGACGGUACCGUGUUUUAUGCUGAACAAGUCCAGAAGGAGGGUCUGCCUGCUGUCACCGGCAUCACGGACGAGUACUGCACUGCUGCGGGAGCAGAGCGCUUCAUGGACUUGGGCGCCAACGCUGGAAUGGGCGAUGCUCUGACUCGCGGCAUGGUCCUCGCUAUUUCCCUGUGGUGGGACACAGCUACUUUUAUGCAGUGGCUUGACAGCGAGGCCCAAGGUGCCGGACCCUGCAAUGCCACUGAGGGUGAUCCUACCGUCAUCGUCCAAGUCGAGCCGUUUCCCGAGGUCACCUUCUCCAACCUGAAGUGGGGAGAGCUGGGUAGCACGUUUGUAACGAACGGGACGGCUACGAAUGGCACUUCGGCCCGAGCUGUUCGCCGGUUCGCAAGCCCCAAGUUGCGGAGCAUGGUUUGAAAAUGAGGAUAGACCAUAUAAAGAACGACACGACUUUUCUGUAUAUAGAUGAGGGAGAUCACGUUUUAGUUCUUUGUAUAUACUUGUCACUACUUCAAUCAAGAAAG